AUGUACGCUGCCGAUGCCUUUCAAGUGCCUUUUCCCUUCCAGCCGUACCCGCUGCAACUACACGCGAUGGCGGCCAUUCGCCGUGGACUCGCGGCCGGUGAGGUGGUGGUGUUGGAGUCCCCAACCGGCACCGGGAAGACACAAGUGCUUCUCAACAGCGUCCUCUCGCAUCUGUUUGAACCCGUCAUGAAUGCCGAUAACAGCAAUACACAGGAAAAGGCACAGCAAAAACAACAAGAAGAGGGAAAAGGAAUUGCAGGUAGUAGUGGGGGUACAUAUUCUAAAAGAGAGGAGGAGGGUGGUAUGAUGAUAGGAUCUGGAUACUCACGUAAACGCCAACGUGGAAUGCGAAGUAAGAGUAAAAGAGAAGGAUCAAAUAUGAGGAACGAAGAAGAUGCAUUCUUGCUGGAACAAGAUCGUCGCGAGGAGUUAAGAGAACAAAGGCAAUUUGCAACAUCGCUAUCAGAUUCUUCUUGUUCUUCUUUGGAGAGUUCUUCUGAUAUUUCUAGUGAUGAUGAAAAUUUUUCGGAGAAUAGACUCCCACAGCAGCCAUUACGAAAACCAAAAGUGUAUUUUUCAAGUCGUACCCAUACCCAGUUGCAACAACUCACUGAAGAGCUGCGUCGAACAGUUUUUACACAGUACCCAGUUCGACUACGUACUCGUCGUCAGCAUAUAGUGAUUGGUGAAAGUGAACAUGAAUUGGAAAAGAAAGAAAAAGAAGAAAAAGAGUUAUCUGAUGAAUUACCACAUAAAUUACGGUAUGUUCAUGUGGCAGGACGACAACAACUUUGCUUAAACGCUUUUCUGAGAAAAAUUGCAGGCGGUAAUAAUGAACGUUUAAAUGAAUUAUGUCUUGAGGCAAUUUCGUAUGAACACUCUAAAGAGGGACGAGCAGCACGUAAAGAACAAGAAAAAAGAAAUUCAUCUAUACCUAUUACAGAUAUUGAGGAUUCUUUCCUCUCUUCAAGUGAAACUACAAAAGGUUGUAGUUAUUGUAGAAGUGAAAGAUUAAAAGUAUUAUUUGAUUAUGUUGAUAUUUCCCCACGUGGAUUAUCGGAAAUGCGAGAGUUAGGACAACGUACGGGAGCAUGUCCUUUUCUCGCUACACGUGAAUUACUCCGUGGAGCUGAUGUUGUACUCAUCCCUUAUCCUUAUCUGGUGUCAUCCGAAAUGCGGAAUACAUUACUUUCAGGAACAAGCACAAAUCAAAAUGAUACAGAAGAUUCACAGGAUAGAGAAGAAUUAGAUGAAAGUAUGAUAAAGAAUAAAGAUGAAUUGAAUACGCAUACUCAUGCUUCUUGCUUUAAUUAUUCACAUCAUGGCAGUAACGAUAAGAAAAGGAAAAAGAACAACAACAAGAAGAAAAAAAAAAAGAAUGCACCCACACUACCUCCUGAUUUUUCAGGAGAUGUAAUUGUUGUAGAUGAGGCACAUAAUCUUGUAGAUUACUGUCGCAGUAUGACGACAGUUACUAUAAGUGUUACAGAGUUAUCAUUAGUACGUUCUUUACUGAAUGCAUAUCAUACACGGUAUGAAAGAAGACUUCUUACUCGUAAUAAACAACGCAUUCGUGAGAUGGUGUCAUUUAUUGACAAACUUAUUCAAUAUUUGCAGACAGCAUUAUCUCAGACUAAAACAGUAGAGGAAAAUAAAGAAAAGACAAAAAAUACAUCACCUAUGGAAGUACAUCAUUUUUCUUCAUUUGUAUUUGAUGCUGCCGUGGAUACUGUAAACGUCUAUCGCUUUCUUUCUUUUUUGGAUGAAAGUAGACUAUUACCCAAACUUCAUGGUCUUGUAGCAUUUAUUGCUGAAAAUGAGGAAAAACAACAACAACAACAACAACAACAGUUGCAGCAACAACCACGUAAAAAACGUUCUACUACUACAACUACAACUAUCAACAUGGAGAAUGAAAUGCAUGAGAUACAGAACUCUAAACAUCCUAACCAACAUCUUCAUGACUCUCAAGAUUCUUUUUUAUCUUCAACUACCCAGGAUCGUAGUGUUAUAACAUCUGCAUUGCAUCGAUUUGAUGCUUUUCUACGUUGGUACAGUCGUUCAGAUGAAUACACACGUAUUGUAUUACGGCGUCUAAUGAAAGAUGAUGGAAACAACACAGAGAUUAUUCCUCAACUGCAGAUGCUACAACUAGAACCGGGAACACACACACUUUUUCCAUUACUUCAACAAGCACAAUCCGCCGUACUUGCUGGAGGUACAAUGAAACCCCUCGCCCUUACAUGUGAUCUUCUUCUUAAACGUCCUCUUCAAUUGAUGAAUAACCUUUCCAGUGAAGAGAAUGAUUCUACCUUGAUAAUCAAAAAUAAAGGGUUACAGAAGGAACAAGUUACCUCGGAUAAAAAAAUUUCCUUUACAGAAGAAGGACAUAUUGUACCACCAUCCUCUGUUGCGGUAUUUACUUUGGGAGUUGGUCCAAGUGGUUAUCGUGUAGAACUUCAACACGCGACACGCAACCAGAUACAACGACAUUUUGAAGAAGUUGGGGCAACUAUUUUAAAUUUUUCUCGUGUUAUUCCAGCAGGAUUAAUUGUUUUCUUCACUUCUUACGAGAUAGAGGAACUUUUUGUAACACAUCUUCAUAAGUCUGGAUUAUUUGAUAAAAUAAAUGAAGUUAAACGUAUCUUUCGUGAACCUGGUCGAGUUGUUAGUUCUAAUAAUGCUAGUUCUUCUUUAACAGCUGAUAGUACUUCAGCAUCUACUCCUGUAGAUGCCAUGCUGGCAGAGUAUGCCAAAUGUAUUCACACUAGAAACUCUGGUGGGGCAUUAUUAUUUGCCGUCAUGGGAGGUAAACUAUCGGAAGGUAUAAACUUUAAUGAUAAUCUUGGCCGUGGGGUUGUGGUGGUGGGUCUUCCAUAUGCAAAUCCAAGUGAUGUGGAGCUGCAGUUGUAUUUAGGACAUGUUAGCAGUACCCGACUGUCGUCUACAACAACAACAACAACAACAUCAUCAUCAUCAUCCUCUUCUUAUUCUUAUUCUUCUGUUGUGGAUACGGCAGUUGGAUGUUUGGGAGGCGGUGUUGGUAGUAGUGGUGAGAUGCCGCCUGUAUUCUCUUCUCCAACACAGUGGGGUCUUUUCACAGAUCUAUGCAUGCGUGUGGUUAACCAGAGUACUGGUCGGUGUAUUCGUCAUGCUGGUGAUUACGCAGUUGUUAUUCUUCUUGAUGCCCGAUAUGGAGAACGUGCGGAUAUACGAAAGCGGAUUCCUUCAUGGAUGCAACCUUCUGUACGUGUGACACAUUCUUUUGGAGAGUGUUUCCGUGGUGUGAGAGACUUUUUUCUCAGAAGACAACAACAACAACAAUGA